GCGGUGGUGAUUUCUUAUUGUACGAGAAUGACGAGCCGUACUAGCGCCAGCUUGCUGCUGCUACAAGUGGACGCGGGGACCUGCAUUGGCUUCAAGGCGCUUCCACACCCGCUCACUGCACUCCCGCAUUCCAAUGGCAGUGACUGGUCGGCGCUCUACCCCCAGUUCACUCUGGAGCAAGCCGUCGCGUACGCCCCCAACCAGUGGGAGCGGGGCCACGCUCAAGUUCAGAUCGUCGCACUUACGCUUCGUACACCACUCACGCUCCUGUUGUGCAACGACCACGUCUUUCGAGCUGGCUCGAUCGAUGGCGCGGCCAAGGCAGCGCGACUUCGCGAGGUGUAUACGCAGUUCCAAGCACAGCGUCCCCUUUCAACGUCGUUGCCGCUGCUGGAUGCCUUUGGUGCCAUUGACACGGCCGUCGUUCUUUGGGACGCAACGACGCCCGAGCUUUUGUUGCCUCACGCGCUGACCUCGACCGACCGACUGCACGUCUCGUCACCGCUCAUGAUUCUGGAAGAGAGUGCGACGUGGCCGUGCUCCCUUGGUCGCAUUGUGGGCCACGAAGACCUUCCGCGCGCCUUGUUGCUCGACAGCGCGACCUGGCUCCCAGCAGUACGCCUCGAUCCAUCCACGACCGUGGCGCCAUCCCUCUUGACUGCCAUCGCUCGCCAUUUCAAUACGUGUUGUAGCUAACUCGCUUGCGAGCGACUCUGC